AUGAAAUUGGCAAAUGGAAGUGAAAGGUUGGAAAUGCAUAUUUUUAAUGGUGAAAGGAAAGAUGUGGAAGGUGCAACGGGUCAACCAGUUAGUGUACCAAUUGUUCACUAUGAUUACGAGCCACGUUCACGAUGUCGGCCAUCCGAAAGGAUGGAAUACAUCCUACUUCAACGACCACAACAAUUAUUUGACUCCGAAACGACAAGCCCGCCAAAGAAUGAUGCGAAGGAAAUAUCUCAGUCCAUGUUCAUUGGAAAUGAAGGUCCAUCUCUGAUCGUCAAAGCCACUGUCUGCCUUAUCGCCCUCAUUAUUAUGGUUAUUUGCUUAUGUUUCCUUUUCGCAUAA